GAGCGCUGUUUUGAAAUCAACUUUUGCAAUGUUUCACAUUUUUGCAAAAAUGAAACAAUGUCCAAUCUGAUUAGUUUGAAAUUCACUACAAUUUGAAUUGCUUAACUAUGAGUGGUGCUCGUAGAAAGGUGCCACUAAAGCGGAAAAUUCUCAAUGUUCCGGAGGGUGUGUUGCCACAAUUAGAGUAUUCCAAUGAAAAACCUGAAUGGCACAAAUCAAUUUUACAGAUUAAGGGCUCUACAACCCUUAUUAAGAGAACACCAGAUGUGCCCAGUGCGAAAAAAAUCCCCAAAAGGAAUAAAAGAGUUCGUCGAUUAGGAUACUGGGCUAUGCUUGAUGAGAGAGAAAAAUUUCGUUCAACCUUAUUGAAGGCAUUUAAACCAUUUGAAGAGAAAGAAACAACUUCAGGAAAAUUAUCUAGAAGUUUGACAGCAGAAGAGAGGCAAUGGCUUAAAUAUGAAUAUUACCUCAGGAAAUUGAUUCCUACAGAAACAGUGGCACCACUGACUGAAAAAAAUAUUGAAAGAAUAUUAAAUUUUGUCCCUAACAGACUAAAGGUUGGUAUGGAAACACAACUAGAAAAAGCAAUCCAACAGAUUAAAGAAGAAUAUAUUUGGGUUGUCAAAAAAUCUGCAGUGGAUUCGUUAUUAUUUUCUUCUGUGCCAAAGAAGAGUGCUUAUAAUCCAACAUCUAUGUAUUACAAAGAAAUGUCUUCCUUCGCAAGAACCCCUGCUCAUCAAAUGAGACGUCAGAAGAGAAAGUUAGCGGAAACUUAUAUCCUGUCUAAUAAAUGCAUAUUGAAAUUAAUGGAAGCGUGGCUCUCCACUGGUGAUAAACUUAGUUUCAUAGAUCUGGAUGUAUUCAAGAAAGAGGAACUUUAUGAAGUAUCCACAUACCAGCAAGUUGUGAAGAUGCAAAUUCUAAAUGCACAAGAUAAAUUGCAUAACAAUUGGUAUCCUCUUGUUCAUAAGACCAUGUCGAUUGGUGUGAAAAAGGGUAUCAUUCCACCUAACCAGCAAGAGUCAUUCUUCAACUGCGUGGCUUCUAUUAUGAUCUCCCAGCUGAAGUCUUUAUGCUAUGAGUCGUUAUGUAAAUAUGAAAAAUGUGUGUGCCGCUUUGAGGAGUACAUAGGAGGCUUAAAAGUGAAGUUAAUCUGGUUAGAUGGAGCUUAUCAACUGAAACCUUCUCUUAAUGAUAUUGAAAAGGCUGUUGCUGAUCCUUUUGAUCUAAUGCAUUGGGCAGUUGCAUAUUUUUCUCGUAUUGAAAAUUGCCUUCUAAAAAAUGCUGAAGAAACUGCUAGAGAUUUCUUAAAGACGACUUUGCCUGAAACUGUGAUGUUAAAUUUUAAACAAAAUGUCAUGGAAUAUCUGCGAUCUAAAUGGACAUUACCAUUGUCAUUCCUAAAAGAAUUAGAGAAAUACAGGUUUCUUCUUACGAAUGAAGCUCAAGCAGAGCUGAACUCAUUUUUGCAAGAUGAGCACUCACUAGAUGAAUACAAAGAUAAAGUGACAUAUUUCAUGGAAUUGAAACAAGAAAUCAAUUACCACAGAGGUAAAAAUGUCAAGCAAGGAAUAUUCACUGUGGAUUGCAUGGAAUUUUUUGAAGACCUGUUUGCGAUUGUAAUCAAUCUACUAGACAUCCUGAUGAAUCAUUUGGAACAAAAAUUGUCUGAGAUAAUUUCACGUUUGAAUGAUGAAUAUGAUGUUGCUAUUCAUCAGCUGAAAUCUAUUCCUUCUAACACCAAAGAAUUGUUUGAAGCAAAGGAAUGGUUGCAAAAAUUCAAAAGUAGUUCACUGAAAGAUUUGAAGACAAAACUGCAGAAUUUGACAUCUUGGAUUUACUACAUGUGUGGUAUAAUUAAUUUUACACCUGCAGAUUUUGGAAAGAAUGCUAAGAUUUACACAAUGCAUAUGGAACUUCCCAAAAUAAUCCAAGGGAAUGUUUCGGCUGCUGAAAACGCCCUAUCAAGUUUCCAAGAAAAUUUAGUUGAACGCAGAAAAGUUUUUGUGGAAGAUCUGAAGGGCCGCGCCAAGCAGAUUAGUAAUCUUGCCCAUCUCGGGGACAGCGCACUUGUGGAAGAGUACCUGCAACACGCUACUGACAUUCAGAAAUGGCUGCUAGAUGCACAGAAUACGAUAGAACUAUUCAAUUCCGAAGAAGCGUUGUUCGGUUGGGAAAUAACGAACUAUCCACUCUGCAUGACCCUGACUAAUGAACUGAAACCUUAUGUUCAGUUAUACGACUAUGCCGUUGAUUUUGCCAAAAAGCGAAGAGAAUGGCUUGAGGGCUCAAUUCAUCAAGUUGAUCCUGAACUUGUCGAACAAGAAGUGAUGACACUCUGGCGUUCGUUGUAUAAAUUAGAGAAAACUUUUGGUGAUACUCCUGAACCAAGAAAGAUCGCCGAGAAUGUAAGAAGCACGGUGGAGAAGUUUAAGGAUUAUAUACCUUUAGUGCAAACGCUGUGUAACCCUGGCCUAAGAGAGAGGCAUUGGGAUCAAAUCUCUGAAAUCGUCGGCUUUCCUCUAAAACCAGACAAAACUACGACCCUUGCAAAACUCAUCGGACUGAAUUUGCAAGAAUACAUUCCUCAGUUUGAAGUGAUCAGUGAAGCAGCUAGCAAGGAGUUCAAACUCGAGAAAGCCCUGGAUAAAAUGAUGGAAGAAUGGAGUGAGAUGAUGUUCUCUGUUAAACCAUUCCGUGAAUCCGGCACUUUUAUAUUGUCUUCCGUGGAUGAAAUUCAACUAUUGCUCGACGAUCAUUUAAUAAAAACUCAAACAAUGCGGGGUUCGCCAUCUGUGAAACCUAUUGAAGGAAAAGUCAAAUCAUGGGAGAGUAAGUUAAUGCUUUUACAAGAGAUAAUCGACGAAUGGCUGAAAGUUCAAGCCACUUGGCUGUAUUUGGAGCCUAUCUUUAGUUCACCAGAUAUAAUGGCCCAGAUGCCGGAGGAAGGAAGACGUUUCAAUACCGUCGAUAAAAAUUGGAGAGAAGUGAUGAAAGCAGUUUUAGAAGAUCGUCAUGUUUUGGCAGUUGUAGAUAUUGAGAAUAUGUUGGACACUCUAAAGACCUCAAAUGAACUGCUGGAUCUAAUACAAAAGGGUUUGAAUGAUUAUUUGGAAAAAAAGAGACUUUUCUUUCCGAGAUUCUUUUUCUUAUCUAACGACGAACUUCUCGAAAUUUUGUCAGAAACGAAGGAUCCUAAAAAGGUUCAACCACAUUUGAAGAAGUGUUUUGAAGGAAUAGCAAAAUUGCAAUUUUUAGAAAAUUUAGACAUUACUCACAUGGAAAGCAGCGAAGGAGAAGUCAUUGAGCUGACCGGCGUCAUAUCCGUUGUCAGUGCUCGUGGACAAGUGGAGAAGUGGUUAUUAGAAUUGGAAUCCUACAUGUUGUCAAGCAUUAAAAAAGUUGUCUCUGAUGCUUUGGAGUCCUAUCCCACCAAACCACGAGACGAAUGGGUUCUCGAGUGGCCUGGGCAGGCUGUCUUGUGCUGCUCACAAAGUUACUGGACGGCUGAAAUGCACGAGGCUAUCAGAGGAGGUUCAAAGGCAUUGCAAGAAUAUUUGCAAAAGAAUAAUGAGCAAAUCGAGAAGAUCGUCGCUCUGGUUCGAGGGCGACUUUCCAAACAGAAUCGCAUCACUCUGGGUGCUCUUGUUGUUUUAGACGUCCACGCAAGGGAUGUGCUGGAAAGUUUAUAUAAUGACGGUGUUUCAUCGGAUGAAGAUUUUGCCUGGUUAUCCCAAAUGCGAUAUUAUUGGAUUGAUGGUGACAUGACCACUCGGAUGAUUAAUUCGUACCUGGACUAUGGCUACGAAUAUCUGGGCAACUCCGGCCGCCUGGUGAUCACACCGCUGACAGAUCGUUGCUACCGCACACUCUACGGUGCUCUCAAUCUGCAUCUCGGUGGCGCACCGGAAGGGCCGGCAGGCACAGGCAAGACGGAGACCACCAAAGACUUGGCCAAAGCCGUCGCCAAGCAGUGCGUCGUCUUCAACUGCUCCGACGGACUGGAUUAUAUUGCCCUGGGGAAAUUCUUCAAGGGUCUUGCUUCUUGUGGAGCUUGGUCAUGCUUCGAUGAAUUCAACCGAAUAGACUUGGAAGUGCUUUCUGUUGUUGCUCAACAAAUUUUGACUAUCCAAAGAGGCAUCAAUGCAGGUGUGAAAACGUUACUGUUUGAAGGCACAGAUAUUAAAUUAAACCCUACUUGCUCUGUUUUCAUCACGAUGAAUCCUGGAUAUGCUGGAAGAUCGGAAUUGCCAGAUAAUUUAAAAGCACUGUUUAGACCUGUCGCUAUGAUGGUCCCCGAUUAUGCUCUGAUCUCCGAAAUAGUUCUGUAUUCUUGCGGUUUCGUCAAUGCCAGGCCGUUGGCUGUUAAAAUUGUCGCCACUUACCGCUUAUGUUCGGAGCAGUUAUCUUCUCAAAGCCAUUACGAUUAUGGAAUGAGAGCAGUUAAAUCUGUACUGACCGCUGCUGGGAACUUGAAACUGAAAUAUCCAGAGGAAAGUGAAGAUAUCUUAGUACUGCGAUCAAUAACUGAUGUUAAUUUGCCGAAGUUUCUGAGUCACGAUCUUCCCUUGUUUUCUGGUAUUACUUCAGAUCUCUUCCCUGGAAUUUCUUUGCCUACACCUGAUUACCAACAUCUCAAUGCAUCCAUUCUGAAAUACUGCAAAGAGAUCAAUUUGCAAUGUCCUACUGUAUUUUUGGAAAAAAUUCAACAGAUUUAUGAGAUGAUGAUUGUCCGACAUGGCUUCAUGAUUGUUGGUAUGCCUUUUGGUGGAAAAACCUCGGCAUAUAGAGUUCUUGCUGGAGCCUUAGCUGAUAUACAUGAACAAGGCUUAAUGGAUGAAAAUAAAGUGCAAAUCACAGUGAUUAAUCCUAAAUCUAUCACCAUGGGUCAGCUCUAUGGGCAGUUUGAUCCUGUUUCACAUGAAUGGUCGGAUGGAGUUCUAGCUGUCAGUUACCGGGCCUUUGCCCAAUCGCCUACCCCAGAUCGCAAGUGGCUGAUAUUUGAUGGUCCUGUCGAUGCCAUCUGGAUCGAAAACAUGAACACUGUGCUGGACGACAACAAAAAGCUCUGUUUAAUGAGCGGUGAAAUCAUUCAGUUAGCUCCGACGACGAAUCUUAUUUUUGAGCCGAUGGACUUAGAAGCUGCCUCUCCGGCGACUGUUUCAAGAUGUGGAAUGAUUUAUAUGGAACCUGGUGCCCUCGGUUGGCUGCCCUUGUUCACUUCCUGGUUAAACGAGCUCCCACCAACCAUCACCGAGGACCACAGAGAGCUUCUGACGGAAUUAUUUGAAUAUUUCUGCCCUCCUCUGUUGUCCUAUGUCUCUAACAACUCUACUAAAGAACUCUCCCCGACUACCGACACCAAUCGUGUGAAAUCUUUAAUGAAUCUGUUGGAUUGCUUAUUCGAUGAUUAUUCUUGGGUUGAAGGAAUGCCGGAAAGACAAACUUUGAUAUAUAUAAAAUGUUGCUUUCUGUUUGCUACUAUAUGGUCACUCUGUGCCACUACGAACGAACCAGCCCGUCAUGAACUUGAUUUGAUAUUUCAUGAGCUCCUUAAGGGUAAAUUAUCUCCGGAAAUUUAUAAAAUGUGCCGCUUAACCGAGGGCAAAACUCACGAUACCACUCUUGAUUUAGACAAUCUCUUCCCAGCUGAUGGACACAUUUUUGAUUAUCAGUACAUAAAAGAGGGUGACGGUGACGUGCCUGGCAGGUGGGUGGAGUGGCAGGAGGAAGUAUCCAAAGCUCCCGCCAUUUCCAAGGAGGCUCAAGUGAACCAAAUAAUCGUGAGCACUGUGGACACCAUCCGAUACACCGUGUUGAUGUCUCUGUUAGUGAAUCACGGCAAGCCAGCGCUUUUUGUCGGGCCUACUGGGACAGGAAAAUCGAUUUACAUAACGGAUUUUCUUUUGAACGGAAUCGAUAAUAGUAUUUAUAAACCGUUGUUUAUAAAUUUUUCUGCUCAAACCAGCGCCGGUCAGACGCAAAACAUCGUAAUGGGAAAAUUAGAUAAAAGAAGAAAAGGAGUUUAUGGUCCUCCCCUGGGACAGAGGAUGAUCGUUUUUGUUGACGAUCUAAAUAUGCCUGUAUUAGAAACGUAUGGUGCUCAACCUCCCAUAGAACUCUUGCGUCAGUGGUUAGACCACUGGACAUGGUAUGAUAUGAAAGAAGUUGUUCCUAUUAAAUUAGUGGACACUCAGCUUAUAGCUGCAAUGGGUCCACCAGGUGGGGGUCGUAACCAAAUUACACCUCGAUUUCUUCGUCAUUUUAACGCGAUAUCCAUCAAUGAAUUUCGCGAUGAAGUUAUGAGUACCAUUUUUACCAAAAUUCUUGAUUGGCAUAUGGAGACGAGAGGAUUUCAAGCCGAGUUCAAACCUUGCGUUGCCGAGCUUAUCUCCUCGACUCUGAGGGUGUACAAGGAGGCCAUCAUGAACCUUCUGCCUACGCCCACCAAGUCCCACUAUCUUUUCAACCUGAGAGAUUUCUCUCGCGUCAUUCAAGGGCUGUUGCUGUCGUUUCCUAAAACCGUCGAAACACCAUCUGGUCUCAAAAAACAAUGGAUUCAUGAAGUUUUUAGAGUAUUUUAUGAUCGUCUCGUAGAUGAUAGCGAUCGAUCUUGGUUCUUUAACUCUGUCAAAAAUAUAUGUGAAUCAGAACUUCAUGAAAAUUUCAGCGAAUUGCUAGUGGCUCUCGACACUGAUAAUGAUGGUGUGGUGACUGAAGAUGACAUGCGCUCACUUAUGUAUUGUGAUUUCUCUGAUCCGAAGUCGGAUAGCCGAUUAUACAUGGAAGUUCAGGACUUCGCCUCUUUAAAAACCAUCAUUGAAGGAUAUUUAGAAGAAUACAACAACAUGAGCAAAAAACCCAUGGGUUUAGUUCUUUUCAGGUUUGCUGUCGAACAUUUGUGUCGCAUUUCGAGAGUUCUGAAGCAACGGCGCAGUCACGCCUUACUUGUAGGUGUUGGAGGGUCUGGGCGACAGUCCCUUACGCACUUGGCUGCUCACAUUUCUGACUAUGAACUUUUCCAGGUAGAGAUCAGUAAGAGCUACACGAUGACCGAGUGGCGAGAUGACUUGAAGCUGAUUCUGCGCAAAUCCACCGCCACCGAGCAGCACGGCGUCUUCCUCUUCACCGACAGCCAGAUCAAAGAGGAAUCAUUUCUGGAGGACAUCAACAACUUGCUGAACGCCGGUGAAGUGCCUAAUCUUUUCGCGCCAGAUGAGAAGCAAGAGAUAUGCGAGAAGAUGCUGCAGAUUGAUAAACAGCGAGAGAAAUCGCAACAAACGGACGGCACGCCCAUCGCCCUGUUCAACAUGUUCGUCCAGCGAGCGAGGGACCAGCUGCACAUCGUGCUGGCCAUGAGUCCAAUCGGAGACUCCUUCCGUAACCGCUUGCGGAAAUUCCCAUCCCUUGUGAACUGCUGCACCAUCGAUUGGUUUCAGGCUUGGCCAGAAGAUGCUUUGGAAGCCGUGGCCAGUAAAUUCUUGGAGGAAGUUGAACUCUCCGAUAAGGAAAGAGACGGUUGCAUUUACAUGUGCAAAUUGUUCCACACGACCACAGAAACACUUUCUGAGCUGUAUUUCUCUAAACUGCAACGUCACAACUACGUCACUCCGACAUCGUUUCUGGAACUGAUAUCGACGUUUAAAACGCUUUUGGAAAGAAAGAGAAAAGAGGUACUGAAAGCCAAAAAUCGGUACGAAGUAGGACUUCAGGAGCUCCAGAACGCCGCAUUUGCCGUUGCAAAAAUGCAAGAAAAAUUGACCAGUCUUCAGCCCACUUUAGUUAUCGCAGGUAAAAAAGUUGAAGAACAGAUGGCGGUGGUCCAGGCUGAGUCCGCUGAUGUGGCCGAAGUGGAGAAAGUGGUGAAGCAAGACGAAGCUGUGGCGAACGAACAAGCUGCGGCUGCUCAGGCCAUCAAAGACGAAUGUGACUUCGAUUUAGCUCGCGCUGUCCCGAUCCUCGAGGCCGCCAUUGCAGCCUUGGACACAUUGACACCUGCGGAUAUCACAGUUGUAAAAUCUAUGAAAAGUCCUCCUGCAGGUGUGAAGUUGGUAAUGGAAGCUAUCUGCGUUUUGAAAGGCAUAAAGCCUGAUCGAAUUCCUGACCCUGCUGGAACAGGUAAAAUGAUUGAGGAUUAUUGGGGUCCAUCCAAAAAACUUCUAGGAGAUAUGAAGUUUCUAGAAAGUUUAAAGAAUUACGAUAAAGACAAUAUUCCACCCAAAGCAAUGAAAGAAAUAAGGAAAACUUAUAUAUCAAAUCCUGAAUUUGAUCCAGAAAAAAUUAAAAUUGCCUCCACUGCGGCUGAAGGCUUAUGUCGCUGGGUGCGAGCGAUGGACUCGUACGAUGAAGUUAUCAAAAUCGUAGCACCCAAGAAGGAAGCUUUGGCUCAAGCAGAGAACGAUCUGAAUACGGCUCUCGCUGCUUUGAAAGUGAAACAGGACAGUUUGAAGGAGGUGCAGAAUAAAUUAGCUGCACUGGAACAAAAGCUUGCGCAAGCUCAAAAGGAAAAAGAAGAUCUCGAGAACCAAGUGCAGCUGUGCGCCACACAGCUUGAGCGAGCCCAGCUUCUGAUCGGAGGCUUAGGCGGAGAGAAAGAUCGCUGGAAUGAAUCUGCGGUCGAACUGGGAGUGCUAUACAACAAUCUUACCGGCGACAUACUCAUCGCUUCGGCAGUAGUGGCUUAUCUCGGGGCUUUCACUUUCGCAUUUAGACAGGACCAGAGCUCAAGUUGGGUCGUUGCUUGUAAGCAGUGCGGCAUCCCUUGCUCUGAUGAAUUUUCCCUGAGAGACACCCUCGGAGAUCCUGUUCUGAUCAGAGACUGGAACCUCGCAGGAUUGCCAACGGAUAACUUCUCCGUCGAAAACGGAAUUAUUAUUAGUAAUGCUCGCCGUUGGCCCCUUUUAAUAGAUCCACAAGGGCAAGCUAGUAAGUGGAUUAAAAACAUGGAAAAGGCCAACAAACUGCAGGUCAUUAAGCUGACUGAUGCUGAUUUCGUUCGUUCAUUAGAAAAUUGCAUCACUUUUGGAAAUCCUGUUCUUUUAGAAAACGUCGGUGAAGAACUGGAUCCAGUGUUAGAACCUUUACUCUUGAAACAAACUUUCCGCCAAGGAGGCAUGAUUUGCAUAAAACUGGGUGAUUCGACCAUUGAGUACUCUUCGGAAUUCCGCUUUUACAUCACGACUAAACUACGGAACCCUCAUUAUUUGCCGGAGACUUCAGUUAAGGUGACUCUCGUCAACUUCAUGAUCACUCCUGCCGGACUGGAGGACCAACUGCUCGGCAUCGUUGUGGCCAGGGAGAAACCGGAAUUGGAGGAGCAGAAGAACAGCCUUCUUCUACAAGGGGCCGAAAAUAAAAGACAACUAAAAGCUAUCGAAGACAAAAUAUUAGAGUUGCUUACAUCUGGAACAAACAUACUAGAAGAUGAAACUGCUGUAAAAGUUAUAUCUUCCAGUAAAGAGUUAUCGAAUGAAAUUCAAGAAAAGCAAAUAUUUGCUGAAGAAACGGAGGCUCAGAUUGACCAAACUCGUCUUGGUUACAAACCCAUCGCCACCCAUUCUUCUAUUCUGUUUUUCACCAUUGCUGACUUGGCCAGCAUUGAUCCCAUGUAUCAGUACUCAUUGCCGUGGUUCAUCAACUUAUACAUCGGAUCGAUUGACAACUCGGAGGUUUCCGAUAAUCUUACUGAAAGAUUGGAGAUUCUCAAAGAUUAUUUUAUGGAAUCCCUCUAUAUAAAUGUGUGUCGAAGUUUAUUUGAAAAAGAUAAGUUGCUCUUCUCCUUCCUGUUAUGCAUUAACAUUCUGAAAGCUGAGGGAAAAGUGGAGGAAGAGGAAUGGAGAUUUCUUCUUACGGGUGGCAUUGGUUUGGAAAACCCCUACGAAAAUCCGUUCAGCUGGCUCCCUGCGAAGUCAUGGGACGAAUUCUGCCGUCUCAAUGAGCUGAAGCCUUUCAAUGGAUUGCGAGAGUCUGUCGAAGCAGAAGAGAAAGGAUAUCGGGUGCUUUUUGAUAGUGCUAAUCCUCACGAGGAACGCAUUCCUGGCGAGUGGAACGAGAAGCUCUCUGAUUUUCAGAAGCUUCUGGUACUGAGGUGCAUUCGGUUUGACAAAAUGAUUCCUGCUGUGCAGAAGUUCGUGACGGACAAUCUCGGCCAAACGUUCAUCGAGCCGCCCCCAUUCGACCUGGGAAAGGCAUUCAUGGACAGUUAUUGCUUUUCUCCUCUUAUUUUCGUGCUGUCACCGGGUGCCGAUCCCACGGCAGCUUUGCUCAAAUUUGCUGAUGAUCAAGGAUUUGGUGGCUACCGCUUAAAUUCUUUAUCACUAGGACAAGGGCAGGGUCCCAUUGCCAUGAAAUUAAUUGAAGAUGCAAGAAAACUGGGUGCAUGGGUAGUUUUACAAAACUGUCAUCUUGCAAAAUCCUGGAUGCCUACAUUAGAAAAGGUGUGCGAAGAACUGAGUGUGGAAAAUACUCACUCUGACUUCCGUCUGUGGCUGACCUCUUAUCCGGCCGAGCACUUUCCUGUGAUGGUUCUGCAGAACGGCGUAAAGAUGACCAAUGAGCCACCCAAAGGACUGAAAGCCAACAUUGUCCGCUCCUAUCUGAGUGACCCCUUGUGUGAAUCGGACUUUUUCGAGGGUUGCACACAGCCGGUUGUUUUCAAAAAGUUACUUUAUUCACUGACUUUUUUCCAUGCUUUGAUCCAAGAAAGAAGAAAUUUUGGACCUUUAGGCUGGAACAUUCCGUACGAAUUCAACGAGACUGAUUUGCGCAUCAGUGCUCGGCAACUGUCCAUGUUUCUAAACCAAUAUCCGGACGACAUUCCAUUCGACGCCUUGAGGUACUUGACCGGAGAAUGUAAUUAUGGUGGCAGGGUGACUGAUGAUUGGGAUCGACGUACGCUUGUGACUAUUCUGAAAAAAUUUUACUGUAUUGAAACAGUCGAGGAUGAUGAUUAUUGUUUCGACACUGAGGGGAUAUAUUUUGCUCCACCGGAUGGAACUUACCAGUCUUACAUCGAUUACACCAACGCGCUGCCUCUCAUCGCGAAACCAGAUGUUUUCGGAAUGCACUCAAACGCUGAAAUCACCAAAGAUCAGUCGGAAACGAAUCUACUUUUUAAUAGUAUUCUUUUGACUCAGGCUCGUGUCUCCGGAGGAGAUGGUCAGUCAUCUGAAGAUGUGGUCGAAAACGUCGCGGCAGACAUUUUGGAUCGCCUGCCAAAGAAUUUCGAUCUCGUUCUCGCUCGUCAGAAGUAUCCCACCAUGUACGAGCAGAGCAUGAACACCGUCUUGGUGCAAGAAAUGGGACGCUUCAACGCACUGCUUUCCACUAUCCGGUCCUCACUUUUAAACACACGAAAAGCUAUUAAAGGCCUUGUUGUGAUGUCAGCCGAAUUGGAGCAAGUUGUGAACAGCAUUUUGCAAGGCAAGAUUCCUGCGAUGUGGAUGAGCAAAUCCUAUCCUUCUUUGAAACCGCUGGGCAGUUACAUCAGCGAUUUCUUACAACGACUUAAAUUUUUACAGGAUUGGUAUGACAACGGCCCGCCUAGCGUAUUUUGGAUUUCAGGAUUUUAUUUCACGCAAGCAUUUCUUACCGGAAGUCAACAAAACUUCGCCAGGAAAUACACCAUACCUAUUGAUCUACUGGUGUUUGAUUAUGAAAUUCUUGAAGAUAAACCCUACGAACAUCCUCCAGAUGAUGGAGUGCUUGUGCGUGGCUUAUUCAUUGAUGGUGCUCGGUGGGACCACAAGAAAUGGAUGCUGGGGGAAUCCCUGCCCAAAGUACUUUAUGACAAUUUACCCGUAGUCUGGUUAAAGCCCAUUAAGAAGUUGGACUUGGUUGAAAAGCACAGUUACCUUUGUCCGGUGUAUAAGACGAGCGAACGACGAGGGACAUUGUCCACCACCGGACAUUCGACCAACUUCGUCAUCUCUAUGAAGCUUCCGACGGAUAAACCCCAAGAACACUGGGUCUGUCGAGGAGUGGCUCUCCUCUGUCAGCUAGACGCCUAACUUUAGAUAAUGCACGUUGAAACUCUAGUGUUUGUUCAUUAGAUAAUGUUGAAAUGAUCGAGAAAGUUGUUGUGAAAAUAACUUCACUAUCGGUAUGAAACGCACACUUAUUAUUAUUAUAGAAUGAAUAUAGGAAGUUAAUAUAAGAAUAAUGCUAAUGUUCUAUAAGUCCAGUUAUUAUAAGUCUAGUUAUUCGGUAUUCACUUAAUAAUAAUUAUGAAGAGUUCACUUCAAUCCGAAAAGAUAGUUUUGAAAUUAUAGAAAAGAAUAGUUGUUUAGCAAUUGUCUUUCUUUUCCCACCCAAUGCAGAUUUUAAAAUAAAUAUAAAUUUGUAUUACAAUAAAUUUCAAAAUUCAUGUGAGGUAUUAUUGUGUUUAAUAUAUAUUUAAUUUGUUUCAAAAUUGAAAUUUUUACCAACUUCCCUCCGAGAUAUAGUUAAGAUAAUAUAACUGUGAUAUAUAAAAAAUAAUGUUCCUAAAAUGUGCAAGUGAGUCACUUCGAUUUUCAGUCGAAGCAAGUUUGAGUUAAAAUAUUUUAUUUUACAAUUUGAGUUUAUGUUUUUCUGUAUCCUUAAAUUUUUAUUCUGAAAGUAUAUUUUUUAUAUUAAUGAAAAAAUGUUCCUUUUUCUUUUCAUAUGUGUAAAGUUUUCAUUUUAUG